CCAGCAUGGGAGUCUGGGGUUUCUGAUUCAUUUUCUCUAGUUUGCUCCCUACACCAACUCCCCUCUCCUCUUUACAUCAGUGUUUUCCGGAGAAUUGACGUGGAAAUUGAUAUUGUGCUGCAUCCGUCGUAGCCCUCCCAUGGGGUGCAAAGGGUCGGGGAUUGGUCGACAAUGAACAGUGGGAAGCUGGAGGGAGGGAGGGAUAUGAAGUUAGGGAAGACAGGAAACAACAUGGUCGGCACAGUAGAGUAGUGCAAAGAAGCGUGAGGUUAUUAGACUGCUUGUGGAAAUAAUGUGACGUGAUUAUAGUUUUGGUGUUAUUGUCUUCGAAGCAGAAAUGCAGCAGUGGAUACCGGUUAAAGAAAAAGACAGAUAUGGCAUCGCAAUUCAUAACUAUCAUGAAGAGAAACCCUUCAGAAUCAAACUUAACAUAGGGGAGUCUGUGCAUAUCUUAAAAGAACAUGGAGAGUGGUUCUUUGGGUAUUCUACCAAGAAUAAAGAUGUACGAGGCAUUUUUCCCAAAACCUUCAUUCAUGUUCGAGAAUGUGUCAUUGAUAAAUCUGGGCCAGUUGAAGUUGUUCAAUUGAAACAACCACAAAUUGUACAAGAAAUAACAACAGUAUUACGUGAAUGGGGCCAUAUUUGGAAACACUUAUAUAUUACACAUGAUGAGAACUUCAAAGAAAUAGAACAUAAAAUUUAUGACUUACUUCGACUCCGUAGUAAGAUUCUCUCUGGUACAUUACCUGUUGAUGAAUUGAAGGAAAUAAAGCAACUAGCUACUUCAAAAAUAGACAUGGGAAACAAAUUGCUUGAUCUUGAUAUGGUGGUUCGGGAUAAACAGGGUAGUAUAUUAGACGCUGAAUAUACGUCAACUAUACAACUGUACCAACAACAUGAGGUGGCGACAGAAAGAAUAAAGAAAAAUUCCAGUGCAUCAGAAAGACCACCAAAAACUGUUACACACUAUUCGCACAUAUUUUAUGUAUCUGUGCGGAACUUUGUAUGCAAAAUGAAUGAAGAUGCUGAAUUGUUAAUGACCCUUUUUGACACAAAAGAAAAUAGAGCAUUCACUGAAAACUAUGUAGUGCGAUGGACGAAAGAGGGUCUGUUGCGUGAUAUUGACCAACUGCAUAAUCUCAGAGUUCUUUUCACGGAUCUUGGCAGUAGAGAUUUAAGUAGAGAGAAAGUAUAUCUUGUGUGUUAUGUUGUGAGAGUGGGUGCAAUGGAAGUUCGAGAUAUUGAUCAUAGAAGAAGUUCACAUAUUCCGAAAAAGCCUCCUGGUGAUGCAAUGCGGAGACCUUUUGGAGUUGCAGCAAUGGACAUUACUUUAUAUAUUAAUGGAAGAUUUGAAAGUGAUGAAGAUAAACAACAUUUUAUCCCGUUUUUACAAUGCUGUGAUCGUGACAAUUUAGAUGGUACAUUGAGACGUAUUUUGACUGUAAAGGAUUUGACCCAGCGUGAACACAAAGGCCAAGGGUUGUGGAUCAGUUUGAGAUUACUUCAUGGAGAUUUAAAACAGGCACGUGAAGAAUAUCCUCAUUUAGUUCUUGGGAAUGUGGCUAUUGCUCGCAAAAUGGGUUUCCCAGAAGUUAUAUUGCCUGGAGAUGUUCGUAAUGAUUUAUAUUUAACAUUGGUUAAUGGUGAAUUUUCCAAAGGGAACAAAACCGCUGAUAAAAAUGUUGAAGUUACUGUGCGAGUUUGCACUGAAACUGGACAAGUUCUAUCGGAUGUUAUUACCCUUGGUGGUGGCAUGGAAACUCUGAGUGAAUAUCGUUCUGUUAUAUAUUAUCAUGAAGAUAAACCUCGAUGGUAUGAAAUUUUUAAAGUUGCUGUACCUAUAGAAGAAUUUAAAGCCAGUCAUUUAAAAUUCACAUUUAAACAUCGUUCUUCCAAUGAGACCAAAGACAAGACAGAGAAGCCUUUUGCGAUGUCUUAUGUGAAGUUAAUGCAAGAAGACGGAACAACUCUCAGAGACACACAACAUAAUUUACUUGUUUACAAGAUUGAUCAAAAAAAAUUUGAUGACACAGACAUGAAUUACUUAAAAUUGCCAUCUGUUCGACAUGACAUAUCAGAUGGACAGAAAAUUAAUCAAAAUGGUUUGCAUCUGAGUAGUAAAGACACAUUUGUCAUUCAGACUAAUGUAUGUUCUACUAAACUCACCCAGAAUGUGGAUCUGUUGGGACUGUUGAAUUGGAGCAGCCACCCAGAACGACUGCAUGCCAGUUUAGAAGCUCUGAUGAAAGUUGAUGGUGAAGAAGUUGUAAAAUUCCUCCAGGAUGUUUUGGAUGCGUUGUUUAAUAUUUUAAUGCAUGAUCCAGAGUCGAAUGAAUAUGAUCAAAUGGUUUUUGAAUGCCUUUUAUUUAUUAUUGGUCUGGUGUCAGAUCUGAAGUACCAACACUUUCAACCUGUUCUUGAUCUGUAUAUUCAGGAGAGUUUUAGUGCCACUUUAGCCUAUAACAAAUUGAUUACAGUGUUGAAAUUUCACAUUGAUAAUGCUAAUUUACCGGACCAAGACAAGGAUUUGCUAUUUAGAACAAUGAAGUCACUUCAGUACAUCAUACGAUUUAUUGUUCAAUCUAGAAAGCUGUUCUCAGAAAUAAAUGAUGGUAAGGAUCAAGAGGAGUUUGAAAUGUCCCUGAAACAACUACUGCAAAGUUGCACAAGCCUAAUGUGUUACACUACUGAUGGCACAUUACUUGCUCAGGGAGCAUGUCUGAAAUAUCUUCCAUACACUAUUCCUGAUAUUCUGUCUGUUUUUGAUGCUGUGCAUUUGAGUGAACUGUUGACUGAAAUAAUUAACAAAUUGCCACAAAAUCGUUUGCCUACCCAAAAGUUGAUGACAAUUAAUGACAUAGUACAUAGUGAUCUUUUUCUUAUAUCUGACUGCCGAGCAGUGUUGCUUCCUGUUGUAACUGCUCAUGUGAAGGAACUUUUGGAAGUGAAAGAUGAGGGUCGUGCAGGAGUUACUUAUCGCAACAAGACAAAAUCUGAUGCUAAGCUGGCCAAGAUGCUGGGAGCAAGCAGGCAGAAGAUUAGCACACACCGGGGUUUGAGUGAAGAGAUUGAACUCAGUGUCAAGAUUCUUAGUGAUAUAAUGGAUCUUCUGUUCCGAUCAGACAUUGGGUCUACUGUACAUGACAUAUCUGGGAUCAUGUUAAAUGUUUUGCGUACUGUAAUUCAGACAACUAUUUCAAUGGAUAGAGAGAGUCCUCUAGUGGGCAAUCUUGUUGCUGUUAUGAUUUCAAUAUUUAGACAAAUGAGACCCCACCAUUUUGUUGAGUACAUUAAACAUUUUGUUACUCGAACAGAUCUAUUGGAUUUCCUCAUGGAAAUCUUAUUGGUUUUCAAAGACCUUGUUUCUCGUCCUGUUUAUCCAAAAGAUUGGAGUGAAAUGAUUAUGCUGCAAAACAGUGUCAUUUUGAAAUCGUUAAGAUUUUUUUCACAUACAAUCCGAGAAUACUGUACUGAAAAUUUUGAACAUCAAGCAUGGAAUAAUUUCUUUCAUUGUGCUGUAACUUUUCUUACCCAGCCUUCUCUUCAGUUAGAGACUUUCUCUCAGAAUAAACGGUCUCGAGUUAUAAGUCGCUAUAAAGACAUGCGAAGAGAAAUGAGUUUUGAAAUUCGUAUCAUGUGGUUCAGCCUUGGUCAACACAAAAUUCACUUUGUUCCUGGACUAGUAGGCCAGUUUUUGGAAAUGACUUUGAUUCCGGAAACUGAAUUACGACGAGCAACUAUUCCAAUUUUCUUUGACAUGAUGCAGUGUGAGUUUUAUUCCUCCCGAGUUACUGGUGAAUCUUUUGGUGACACAAAACGGGAUUCUAGUCACAUCAAGGCAAAUUUUUCUGAGUUUGAAAAUGAAAUGAUAGCUAAACUAGAUAUUUUGGUGGAAGGUGGGAGAGGAGACGAACAUUAUAAAGAUAUGUUCUAUGAAAUAAUGAACCAGCUCUGUGAGCCACAUGCUACAAUGCGAGAACAGGGGGUGAAGUUUGUGAAAACAGUUACACGUUUGAUGGAGAGGUUGUUGGAAUAUCGAUCUAUCAUCACUGAUGAAAAUAAAGAAAACCGUAUGAGCUGUACAGUUAAUCUGUUGGAUUUUUAUAGUGAGAUUAAUAGAAAAGAAAUGUAUAUUCGAUAUGUAAACAAACUAUGUGACCUUCACUUAGAAUGUGAUAAUUAUACUGAAGCUGCAUACACAUUGAAGUUGCAUAGCAAACUUCUGAAUUGGUCAGCUGAUACACUACCUCCUCUCCUGAAAAGUAUUCGUUAUCCCCGCUGCCAGACUCAUCGUGAACUUAAAGAAGCCCUCUACUACAGCAUUAUUCAUUAUUUUGAUAAAGGCAAAAUGUGGGAAUGUGCUCUGACUGUGUGUAAAGAAUUGGUCAAACAGUAUGAGGAAGAAACCUUUGACUAUCAACAGCUUGGUAAUCUUCAUAGACGUAUGUCAGAAUUUUAUGAUAAAAUAAUGAAACAGAUUCGUCCAGAACCUGAAUAUUUUAGAGUUGCUUAUUAUGGCAGGGGUUUUCCUGCUUUCUUGCAAAACAAAGUUUUUAUAUACAGAGGUAAGGAAUAUGAACGUCUGAGUGACUUCAGCAAUAGAACAUUAAAUCAGUUGCCAAAUGCAGAACUCAUGAACAAAUUGACUCCUCCUGGUGAAGAAAUUUUGGAAUCACCUCAUCAAUAUGUACAAAUUAACAAAGUUGAUCCUGUUAUGGAUGAUAAACGUCAGCGUUUAUCAGGAAAACCUAUAAAUGACCAAAUCUUGAAAUAUUACAGAGUAAAUGAUGUUCAGAUAUUCAGAUUCUCAAGGCCAUUUCACCAAAAGGAUCCAACUAUGCCUAAUGAUGCAGACAAUGAAUUUGCUAGUCUCUGGAUAGAACGCACUGUUCUGGUCACAUCAUACUCUCUUCCUGGAAUUCUUAGGUGGUUUCCUGUUACUUCUACUGAGAAACAUUUAUUGUCUCCUUUACAUAAUGCAAUUGAAACAAUGGAAGCAGCCAACAAGAGUUUGAGAGAUCUGAUUAUAGCCCAUCGCUCAGAUCCAUCCCUACAGCUAAAUCCAUUAACAAUGAAACUUAAUGGUAUUGUGGAUCCCGCAGUUAUGGGUGGGAUCAACAAUUAUGAGAAGGCAUUUUUCUCAGAGGAGUAUAUAACCGCCCAUCCUAAUGAUGAAAUAUUGAUUCAAAAGCUUAAAGAUCUUAUUGCAUCCCAAAUUCCACUUUUGGAAGCAGGAGUCAUUUUACAUAGACAGCGUGCUCCAUCUUCUCUUGGUCCUCUCCAUGAACACAUUGAAGAAUCAUUCAGCAAAAUGAGAAGUGAAAUUGAGGCAAAAUAUGGCAAGAAGACAUCUGAUUUGAAAUUUGAUUCGCCCUUUCCAGUAACUAUGCGAUACCAUGGUCAUUUGAAUAACUCGCAUUCCAAUGUUGACCAUAGAUUGUCUGAAGCUAGUUUAACUUCAUCAGAAGGCAGUAGGUCUCGUGUGUCAAGUUUAACCCGGUCACAAGUAGCAACUUUGAAAAAUUUGGCUACAUUCAACUUCCCAGCCAUCAACUCUUCUGGUACUUUAGGAAGAUCUGCAAAUACUGGACAUCAGAACAGCAAAAGUCAUUCUUCAUUGUUACCUUCAGGAACGACAUCACGGACAGCAGCUCUAAUUGCCAGGACUUCUACUGGUACACUCAAAGGAAACAAAAGAGAUAAAAGCUCUAAGGAUAAGAGACGUUCAAGGAAAAGUGACCAAGGGCUGACGGUUGCUCAGUCUCCUCCUAAUACGCAGUGGUAUACCACUGAGAGUAUUGAAAUACCAACAACCCCAGUAUUUGAAUUACGGCAAGAACUGACUCCAAAAAGGCCUCUUAGAUCUGAAAUAGAACGAGAACGCAGACUUAGUAGGACUUCAAGUGGUCAUUUUUCAAUUAAGUCAAGUCCUAGUACUUCAACACUUCGUUUCAACGGAACUAUUCCUGGUAACAGGGAUUCUAUUGGUACUACAGAUUCUACCGCAAGUGAGGAAGAUGCUAUUCCCCCACCACUACCACAGAAAGUUCGAGAGGCUGACUACUGCAAUCUUCCAGGAGACACAGAUGUGCCUUGUGAGUCAACACAACCCCCUUCGACACCUAAAGUUAGAACAAAGCCCCCACCUCCUGAACCAGUGGAAGACAGUCGACCACCAACACCCCCACCAAAACGACCACCUCUAAAGCCACCUACAGCAUCGUAGUCUAAUUGUGCGUGUUAUAAUUUUUUAAAAUCAGAUUUGUUUUCUUGUAAUUGGUACUUCAUAAUAUACAUCACGCAUGAAUUAAGCAUUUUCAAACUGUAAGAAUUAAUUGAAUGUUUUUACUGUGCAGUCUUUUUGUAAAAGUGUACAUUUUGUAACAUAUGCAAUAUUAAUAUACAUUGAUGACUGUGAUAAAUGGAUGAAAUGCCCAUUAUGGGGAAUUGCAUUAAAUAUUGCCAAAGCCUGAAGCUGAACACAAAAAUGCAGUUCUUCAUCACUUUUCACAAUUAUGCAUUUACUCGCAUAUUUAGUUCUCUUUUCAUAUUUUUAGUUAUAGAUCAGUGAAAUGCUUUAAAUGAGUUGCUAAGAGAAAUUUAUUCUAAUAUUUGGAAUAUGAAAUUGUGCCAUAGAUUUUGUAUUAAGGAGUGCCUUUAACAAUAAUAUUUGACCGAUGAUGAGGUAAAAGAAGAACAAAAAAGAUAACUGAAUACAAACUAAGAAAUUCUUCUUUCAUUAUGGUGUAUGGAAUAAAUUAAAUAAUCAUUAUAACUUUCUGUAUACAAUUCAUAUUCCUUUGACUGUCUAAAACAUAAUGAUCGCUUUAUUUUGGGUAGUAGAUAAUGAUCCAAUUUAUUUUCAUAUUUGUUUUGUUUUUUUAUUAAAAUACAAAAUAAAAUUGUGAUAAAUGAAAAUGGCUUUUCAUAAAUGUGAGGCUUCUUCAAACUUGAAAAAUGAAAGAGUUCAAAGAAGAAGAAAAACUAUCCUAAGUAAUUAAAUUAAACUAUUGCUUCCCCUGGACACUUCUGUAUUCUUAUAAGUAAUUUUGAUAAAUCUACAGUUGAAUACUUUGUUUUAACCAAACUAAGAAGUGAAUCGACAAACCAAGUAUAAAAAAAAUAAGAAAAAAUGAAGAAUUAUUAAAAUUUUUCAAUAAACAUCAUUAAAUUUUUUCUGCUCAUAUUCUAGGCUUUAUAACCCAAAUUUGAUGUAAUUAAAUAUCCCAAAUAUUUCCUUGAAACAAUGGAAUAAAGGGAAGGAAACUGUUAUGUGAGUGAAUGCAACAUUAAAAAAAUAAUUAUCGUAGCUUUAACUCAUGUUUGCCAUGUCAUUGUGCGCAUGCUCAUUAUUCCUACAAAUGCCAUAUUUAAUAUCAUUUACUUAUUGUUUAUCAAUUUCUCUCCAUAAACUUUGUGCAAAUAAGGUUACAAAAUGUGUAUUUUUUUCAUUCCUCCAGUCCACGUGUGUUAUAACACAUGGUUCAUAAAGUUGUGUUCAUAAAAUAUAUUUCUGAUAUUUUUACUUAAAUUCUGAAUUAUUUCAAAUAACAAUAUUCUAAAUUGUUUUUAAUUUUAUUAAUAAAUUUCAUAUUAGAAUCCUAAUGGUUCACUCUAGCUAAAAUUGUAAUGUGCAAAUUGUUCAACUUAAUGCACCUCUUUUUUUAUUUUUGGGAAAUGAAAUAAGUUUAUUUUGCCUUAGAAAUUCAGAAAUGUAUUAAUGUGCUGCUUGUGUGUGUUAUUGUUGUAAACUUCAUAAAAAUAUGGUUGUGAGAAAGACAAAAUUUAUAUUACAGUAUUUGUGGGCACAAACAUAGUGUAUAAAUACUUUCAAUUGUACUAAUUUUCUGUCAGUGCUGUAUUAUUUUGCAUUGUUACAUGUGCUUGGAAGGAAGAUUUUCUCUGGGAUGUGGCCCUUUUGUUAUGAUUGAAGAAUGUGAGUUGGUUCAAAUAAGUGUGUAAAUUAUAAAUAAUAAGAUUUGAUGUCACAAUUUUGCCAGUAUGUUUGAAACAUUGCAAAAGAAUUAAAAAUGGAAAAAGUUAAAUACAAGUGCUCUUCAUCAAUUAAAGCUAUUUGAUAUUCACUUAAGGUUUGAAAAUAUUAUACUGUCCAUUUUAUUAUUCAGCCUCUUCUACUUAUUGCAACUAUGACACCUUAAAAAAAAAAUUAUAAUAAUAAAAUUCAGUCAGGACACAUGUCUUCCGAUUGAUGUCUACAGGCUAUUUCAAAAAUUGUGAGGGAAAAUAUUUGUUACUGUGUAUGGACUGAAAACUCCUUUUCGUUUAUCUUCUUUUAUUCUUUAUCCUAAAGAUAUACCACCGUUUGUAUAUAAAGCUAUUAUCCUUUCAAAGGCCAAUUUUUUUUUUCUAUAAGUUGUCUAGAUAAUUAAAAAAAUCUGUAACUAAUGUUUUUUAGAAUUCUAUUUGUUAAUAAUAAAAAUUUGUAUGUAUGCAUGAAGUUUAUUUUGUCUCUGUUCUUGCUCUGGUGAAUGUUGUUACAGCAGACAGAGAAAAUAAUUGAAAGGUUUUGUAGUAUUUUUUUGCAAGAAGACAUUUUAGUCUUAUCUACAUAUGAUAAACUUAUGAAUAUGUGUUAAUCUCUCUUCAAAUUUUUGAAAAUUUUAAUUGGAAAAUGUGUAUCCUGGUUGAAUGACACUGAUUGGUCUGGUCUGGUCACACAUGAUCUGGUCUCUUCUGCAUUAAUACAUUUAUCAUAAAGGUUCUUUAUUUUACCAUUGACAAAUGGUAAGGAAAUAAUUGUUAUUUUCUUAACUGUUUUAAGUUGUGUAAAGUUACCUAAUGGGUUGUGCAUGAAGCCGACUUCCAUUUAUAUAAGCAUUGUUAUAGCAGAGUUUCAUUUUUAUAGUAUCUUGUUUUAUUGUAGCCAGUGUCAUUAUAACAUUUGAGUGUGUUUGAGUUUGGUAUUGCUUAAAUCACAGUAUUGAGUUAUAUUUUAUGGUCUAGUCAUAGGUGUAUGCAUGGUUUUGUAAACCUUGUGAGAAAGGUUUCACAGUAAUAAUUUAACAGAAGAGACUACUAAUAAAGUAAAUUUGUUUAAAGCAAGUCUACAGAAUGAGUUAUUUACUGAGCACAAAUUAUUAAUAUAAUGUAUUUGUGUAUGUAUCUUAAAUAAGGUGCUCAUCAAUACUAUUUGUGUUCAAAUGAACAAAAUAUUUUAUACAAUAAUUUCUAUUCAUGACAUAAUGUUUACAUUUAUAAACAAAUUUUAUUGAUAUGAUUAUUGGAGCAAACGCAUAUCAAAAAUUACUAGUUGACUAGGCUAAUUGUUGGAUGUACAAAGCAGUUCAAACUUCAUCUCUAAACAAAAGAUUAAGAAAAAUAAUGUCUCAUCAUCAUCUCUUAGUGCCCACCACAUUAUUAACAAAGUUAUGUGUUCAAAUUUUGAUACUUGUAAACACUGUUCAUAAAAGAAAGUAAGUUAUUAAUACGCUUGAGAAAGCAAAUACGAUUCAUUUCUUUCUUUUAUUUUCUUGUUUCUUUUGCUUUUCUUCAAGUUAAGCUGAUAUUGCACUUAUAGCAAAAUUUAUUGGAUUAUUUUUUUAUUUUGCAUCAAUUACAAUAAUAUUGAAAAUAGAGAAGUUAAACUCAUUGUGAGAGGUGAAAUCAUGAAUGUUGUUAUCCAGGAGCAACGAAUAGCAUUUUUUGUUUAUUUCUUGUAGUGUUCCCAAAUACUCGUAUUAUCAGUAUUAAAAAAUUAAACGGAUAUGUUUGCUCCAACAUUGGUUUGGUAUGAGUUGUGAACCUUGCAGUUGUGUGAAAUGUAUACAUUUCAUUGUGCUCAAGUUACGUUGGCAAAGACAAUUUACCCACAAAAUGCAAGUACAAUACUUACUUUUGUAUAACAUUAUGUUAUGCUGUAAUUUAUUGCUUUAAAUUAUGGGAAAUAUUAUUACAUAUGUGUUAGUGUAUAUAUAUCUGUAAAUGCCUUUAGUGCUUUUUUUGAUUUAUUUUAGAAGAACAAAAUACUUAUAAGUAAAAGGAAGGGACCAAUUUUUAUUUGUUUUAAAUGUACAGAUGUUAGAUGACUUAUAAUGUACCAAAGAUACUUAAUAAUAUCUUUUAAACUUGAUUAUUUGUUAACUGAAAUGAUUUAUUGUCUUCCAGAGGGCACUCUUAUGUAAGUGUCAAGCUACUUUGUAGAGUUUUAUUCUGAAAUUUUACCUUUUGUCAGAUACAUGUUGAAACUGAUUAUAAUAUUGUAAUGUGGUACAAUAU